AACUAGCUGUUCACUUUUUACUGUCUAAGUGUAUUUUAUAGUAUUAACUAACAAAAUGAACGACUGUCUUGAAUUUCUAAAAAAAAAUAUAGUGUGUAGAGAAUACGUUAUCAGACGCUUGUAUUCCCUGAUCGGUUACCCAGCUGAAGAGAUGCCACAAAGUAUAUUUAUAUAUGGGCAUACAGCAACUGGUAAAUCUCUAGUUAUCGAAUCUCUGCUCAAUUAUCUUGAAUAUAAUGUAUCUGUUGUGAAUUGCAUAGAAUGCUACACGAGCAAACACAUUUUUGAAUACAUUUUGAAUGAUGUAUCUGGGUACGAAAUGAAUUCAUCGGAAAGUUUCAAUGUAUACCAAAAAUGCGAUAAUAUUAUGAAUUUCAUUAUGUACCUCAAGACAAUUGCGGGGAAUGAUAACAGACCUAUUGUAAUUGUUUUCGAUAAAUGUGAUAGACUCCGUGAUACAGAGAUAAAUUUGCUGCCAGCAUUUGUCAGGCUUAAAGAAUUGACUGGCUUGAAUAUUUGCACCAUUUUUGUUAGUGAUAUUGUUUGGGAAAAGUAUUACCUGAAAUCUGGCUUGCUGGAUCCCAUUAAAAUUCAUUUCCCUCAAUACGUUCGAGAAGAGAUGUUAAAAGUAUUAUUUUUAUACCAACCUCGUAACUAUGAAAGCAAGUUCUACAUGAAUUAUUUAAAUUUGUUUCUAUCAGUAUUCUAUAGGUGUUGUAGGGACUGUAACGAGUUGAAAUACAUGGCAAAAAUAAAUUUUGAUAAGUAUGUUGAACCCAUUGAAAGUGGAAAAAUUGACAAAGAUGAUGUACAAUCGCUAUGGCGAAAUAUUUCAAGCAUCUUGAAAGCCAAUUUAGAAAUCAUUUAUCUCAGAGUUUCCACAGAUGACUUCGAACAACGUACAAAAUUGUGCCAAGAAAUUGAAUCUACGACCAAAUUAGCAUUAAGCUUUGAACUGCCCUUUUAUGCAAAGUACAUGCUAAUUGCAGCUUACUUAGCUUCGUACAAUCCCGCUAAAGAAGACAAACGUUUGUUUGUCAAACAAAGCAGCAAAAAGAAAAAAAGAUCUGUUGUUAGCCAAAAGCCUAUCAAAUUAAGGACGCAGCUAGGCCCAAAAGCGUUCACUUUGGAUAGAAUGCUGGCUAUUUUUUACGCGAUUCUCGAUGAAAAAAUAGGACUGACUGUCAAUCUAUUAGCACAAAUACCUACCAUGUGUCAACUGAGAUUAUUAAAUGUGGUCGGUGAUAAUAAUUUAGAUGGUCCCAAAUAUAAGUGUUGUGUAAGCUAUGAUUUCAUUGUUAUCAUCUCUAAAACCGUUGGAUUUAGUGUUAAGAAUUACCUUCAUGAUUUUAUUUAAUACUUAAAUCUUGAUUAUAGAACAAAGUGCUUUGCUCAGUGUCACGAAGUCAUCAUUUUCAAAUUGAAAAUUUGACCUUCCAAUUCUACUUGUUUUAAUUUAUCUAUUACCUAAGCAUUGGUGCCUUUUGUAUUCUUUUUUAAUAAAUAAAUAUAGCAUAAAUCGAAUAAUAUUUAUAC